GAACUGUCAACUGUCACUUUUUUGCGAAUUUUUUCGACAAAAAUAAAUAAAAUUUCCAAGUCAUCAUGGCAGCGGCAGUAGAAACUAUGGAUAUUGUUAUUCCUGAAAAGGUACGCUUGGUUAGACGUUUGAUAGUCGCUGAAUUUUUUGCAUUUUUUACGCGACGUUCCUUCAUUCGCGAUGAGGCGCAGAAAAAUGGAAGAGGGAAGCCCCUCAGAAUCAAAACAGCCCCUACAAGACGUAGAUACGGAGGAUCUGUACACGAAAUACAAGAAACUGCAGCAAAUGCUGGAAUUCUUGGAGGUGCAAGAAGAGUACAUCAAAGAUGAACAAAGGAACUUGAAAAAGGAGUAUCUUCAUGCUCAAGAGGAGGUGAAACGUAUCCAGUCCGUUCCGCUGGUUAUCGGGCAGUUCCUUGAAGCCGUUGAUCAGAAUACGGGAAUUGUUGGGUCUACUACAGGUUCGAACUACUAUGUCCGCAUCCUGUCGACGAUCGACCGCGAGCUGCUGAAACCCUCGGCGAGCGUAGCCCUUCACAAACACAGCAAUGCCUUGGUGGACGUCCUACCCCCCGAAGCGGAUUCUUCCAUUUCCAUGCUGCAAGCUGACGAAAAACCGGACGUUCAAUACAGCGACAUCGGAGGCAUGGACGUGCAGAAACAGGAAAUAAGGGAGGCGGUCGAGCUGCCCCUGACGCACUUUGAGUUGUACAAGCAGAUUGGGAUCGACCCUCCUAGGGGGGUGUUGAUGUACGGACCCCCCGGGUGCGGGAAGACUAUGCUGGCCAAGGCCGUGGCGCAUCAUACCACCGCUGCGUUCAUCAGAGUGGUGGGGUCGGAGUUUGUGCAGAAGUACCUGGGCGAAGGCCCCCGUAUGGUCAGAGACGUCUUCAGGUUAGCCAAAGAAAACUCGCCAGCGAUCAUUUUCAUCGACGAAAUAGACGCGAUCGCCACCAAGAGAUUCGAUGCUCAGACAGGUGCUGAUAGAGAAGUGCAACGUAUUCUGCUAGAGUUACUCAACCAGAUGGACGGUUUCGAUCAGACCACCAACGUCAAGGUUAUUAUGGCGACAAACCGCGCAGAUACUCUGGAUCCUGCUCUUCUCAGGCCGGGUCGUCUCGAUAGGAAGAUAGAAUUUCCUUUGCCAGAUCGUCGUCAGAAGCGUUUGGUUUUCAGUACGAUUACGUCCAAAAUGAACCUUUCAGAAGAGGUAAGUCUCUGUACACUUAAUAAUUUAAUUUAUCGCACUUGGUUGUUAACGUUUUUUUCGCAGGUGGACCUAGAAGAUUAUGUCGCUCGUCCAGACAGAAUUUCCGGUGCUGACAUCAACGCCAUUUGUCAAGAAGCCGGAAUGCACGCUGUUAGGGAGAAUCGUUACAUCGUAUUACCCAAGGACUUUGAGAAAGGCUACAAGAAUAAUAUUAAGAAGGAUGAGAGCGAACAUGAGUUUUAUAAAUAAUUUUGCUUAUCACUAUAUUCGCUUUUUUGUAAUCUAACAAAUAAAACUAUAUUAGGUCG